AUGGCGACAAUCGAUAAGUCUUGGACCAAAAUCAGAAAUUGUGGUUGCCAUGAAUUUUGGAAUGGUCUACAAGCCUUUUUAGCAAUGGCAUCAGAACAUAAGGAUUGUGAUGGACGAAUUCGAUGUCCUUGUGUGAGAUGUAUAAAUAGUAGGUUUGAAAAAAUAGAUAGGGUUAGAGCACACGUAUUUGAUCGAGGUUUUAUGCAAGGAUAUGAGAAGUGGAUUUAUCACGGGGAGCCUGAGGAUGCCGUCGAUGAUGUAACAGUUGCCGAUGUUGAAUCAGAGGAUGAAAUGAUUCCUAUUCUAGAAGACUUCUUUCCCUCGACAACUGAGGAACGACAAGGAGAAGAUGAACAACCAACCACAAACCCACUAUUUGAUGACUUAUUUGAGGAAAUUGAAGCUGAAUUGUAUCCCGGUUGUGAUUGGAUUUCGUCUCUUAACUUUUUAGCAAAGCUAUUGCAUUUAAAAGUUAGGGGAAAAAUUCCUAAUAACAUCUUUGAAGAAUUAUUGAAGCUUUUAAAGUUUGCGUUUCCGAAGGAAAAUAAUAUUCCAUCAACUUACUACGAGGCAAAAAAAAGAUUGAAGAAAUUAGGCUUGGGUUAUGAUUCUAUCCAUGUCUGUUUGUAUAAUUGUUGCUUAUUUUAUAAGGAGAAUGCAUCCAAGGAGGCUUGUCCAGUUUGCAGAACUAGUCGUUGGGUUACUUCCGAGAACGAUGAUGGGGUGUUGCGACACCCGGUCGAUGGUCUCGCUUCGAAAGACUUUGAUGCAAAACAUCCCGAGUUUGCAAGAGACCCAAGAAAUGUUCGACUGGGGUUAGCUGCUGAUGGAUUUAAUCCAUUUGGCAACAUGAGUCUUGCAUACAGCAUGUGGCCAGUGGUGUUGGCUAAUUAUAAUCUACCACCUUGGUUAUGUAUGAAAGAUAAUUAUUUUUUGCUAUCUACCCUUAUUCCUGGUGCAAAAUCUCCGGGUAAAGACAUGGAUAUAUUUUUAAGACCGUUGGUGGAUGAAUUAAAGGAGUUGUGGAAUAAUGGGGUACCAACGAGAGAUAAUUCGACCAACUCGAUGUUCACCAUGCGUGCUGCGCUUUUGUGGACAGUGAAUGAUUUUCCUGCUCGUAGUAGCUUGUCUGGGUGGAGUGGUCAAGGUUAUAAAGCUUGCCCUACUUGUAAUGAAGACACGACGUCCAUUCGAGUGAUCGGGAAAACAUCAUAUGUUGGUCAUAGAAGGUUCUUGCCAAGUAACCAUGCAAUGAGAAGGGAUACUCGAUUUGAUGAAGAGUUGCAGAAACUUGUAAUUGGAGGAAAAAAAGUAUUUUCUACGAGUUGGAGUAUUGGAGCACGAAUAUUUUAA